UUUGCCAAUGAAAAAAAUUAUUUAAAUUCGAUUGAUUGAAAUGUAUACAUUCAAGUGUCAUCAUUGUGAAGAUGAUGAUUGUUUUAAUGAAGCAAUCGCUUUGAAUCCAGAACAUUAUUGUAUAAGUUUAGUCGGCAAGUGUUUCACAUUUGUCGAUUUUUAUGAUAAAUCAUCCAUCAUUUAUAAACGUGGCUGUGUUGAUAAUAAUCUAUCUUGUUUGCCACAUUUAGAGGGACCAAUUGAUCAAAAUCAACAUCAUCAUAUUACAAAUGGUGUUGAUAGUUAUAUAAAAUGUUGUUCACAACAAUUCUGUAAUGAUGAUGAUUUUAUGAAAUUUGAUUUGAAUGCUAAUGGCGAUGGUGAUGGUGAUGAAUUCAAAACAUCAUUUUAUUCAUUAUUUCAAUGGCAUUAUUCACAUACUAUUUCAUUCAAAUAA